AUGUCUUCCAACGUUGAGAAGGAGAACGCCUCCUCCGUCAACACGGUUACCAACGAGCAACACUCCGAGCAAUCGGUCCCUACUGUCAGCGUACAGGGACAGAAUGACCUCGAAAAGGGACACGAACUCGAAGCUGACAAGGCCGAAGCCCAGCCGCCUAUCGAGAAGUCAACUGCCGCUGGCCCAGCACCGGCACCAUCAGCCAUAGGCCCGCCUCCAGAUGGAGGUGCCCAGGCCUGGCUGACUGUACUCGGCGCAUUCUGCGGUCUCUUUGUCAGCUUCGGCUGGAUCAAUUGCAUUGGAGUCUUCCAGGAGUACUAUGAGAGCCACCAACUGAGCGACUUCUCCACCAGCACAAUAACAUGGAUCACAUCACUGGAGACCUUUAUGAUGUUCUUCUGCGGUCCAGUCUUCGGUAUCCUCUUUGACAGAUACGGCCCCCGCUGGAUCCUGCUCUUCGGCACCUUCCUCCACGUCUUCGGGCUGAUGAUGGCUUCCUUGUCUACGGAGUACUAUCAGUUCAUCCUUGCCCAAGGAAUUUGCAGCCCCAUCGGCGCAAGCGCAAUUUUCAACGCCUCGGUCAACUCCGUCACCAGCUGGUUCGCCAAGCGUCGUGCGUUCGCACUCGGCGUCACUGCCUCUGGAUCUAGUGUGGGCGGUGUCAUCUUCCCGAUCAUGGUCCACAAGCUCAUUCCUCAGGUUGGGUUCCCAUGGGCUAUGAGGAUCUGCGCCUUUGUGAUCUUGUUCAUGUUGGGCAUUUCAAAUUUGACCCUGAGGUCGAGAUUCCCUCAUCGGCCCAAGCCAUUCGAGAUACUGGGUUUCUUGAGACCGUUAACAGACUUGAAGUUCUCGCUCACGCUUGCUGCGGCAUUUUGCUUCUUCUGGGGCAUGUUCCUACCCUUUACCUUUAUAAUUACUUAUGGAGAGAGACACGGCAUGUCACCCGGUCUGGCGGCCUACUUAAUCCCUAUCUUGAACGCAGCAAGUGUCUUCGGUCGCACACUACCUGGCUACCUGGCUGACAAGAUCGGCCGGUACAACAUGAUGGUGGUGACGUCCUUUUUCUCUGCCAUCCUCGUUCUUGCCCUCUGGCUUCCAUCCAGGGGCAACGCCCCGGUGAUUGUCUUCAGCGCACUCUACGGCUUUGGUUCAGGAGCAUUUGUCUCGCUGGCACCGGCUCUCGUCGCCCAGAUCUCGGACCUUCGCGAGGUCGGCAUGCGCAAUGGAACAUUCUUUGCUGUUCUGUCGUUUGCAGCGCUCACUGGCACACCGAUUGGUGGUGCUUUGGUGCCAGAUGUGCUGCACGGUGAUUACACCAGGCUGCAGGUCUUUUGUGGGGUUGUCAUGCUUGCUGGGUCGGUUCUGUUCCUUCUGGCGAGGGGCGUUGUGGGUGGCGGCUUCAAGCUGAACAAGGUGUAA